AUGCAUUCAUCGCCGAUUUCAGCCUCUCAGAUAGCUUGUCUAGAGACAGUGAGUCUCGUUGGCCUUCGUGAGGGGUCCCCAGCUGCGGUCCAGGCGCUCCUUCGCGCGGCUCGAAAACAGGGUAUCUUCUAUCUUGACCUGAGCAGCAUCUCUGCCGAUGGAGAUACCGUAACGCGGCUUUACCAACUCGCGCAAGACCUGUUCCGGCUGCCACUGGAGCAAAAGAUGCAGUACGAUGUGGAUCGAUUGGGAGAGUGGAAAAUCAAUGGGUAUAAGCCCGUGGGUCGAAACGUGGGUGGGUUGUCUGGUGAACGGGAUGGUUUCGAGAGUUACGGCAUCCCAUGUCAUGCUGUGUUGAACCCUACUGGACAAGGGUCAUUUGCAAAGCCGGAUAUUCUAGAACAGGAGCUGGAGCUGGUCCGUCGGUUCAUGCGGGGCUGUACGGAAAUGGUGGAAAUCAUCCUCCGCACCCUGUCUGCCUCCCUCCCCCUCCCGGGGGGCAUCACGUUCGAAGCCUUUCACCGGGAGGGGGAUGCCUACUUCAACCUUCUCCGUCUGCUACGCUAUGAGCCCAGUUCGGACGGCGAUCUCCGAUUUCGAGUGCCGCAGCCCGCGCAUACCGAUUUGGGUUCCGUCACCGUCUUAUUCACUAAUGCGGGCGGCUUGCAGAUUCUAGACCCUGGCGCCAGGGCGGACGAGUGGCUGUAUGUGGCUCCCCGGCCAGAGUGUGCAAUUGUCAAUCUUGGCGACGCCAUCUCCAUCUGGACUGAUGGGCAGAUGCGCAGCAUCCAACACCGGGUGGCCUCGCUUCCAGGUCAACCCAUGGCCGAGCGCUACAGCCUGGCCUUUCUGGCUCGUCCAGGCCCGGUGGCUCCCAUGUGCCCGUUGCUAGCCAGUGAAUCUUUCUCAACCAAGGGGUCGCAGGGGGCCCUGCGAUGCGAGGACUGGAUGAAGGAGAAGUUUCGGCGCUUAAGGGGUGACACGCGAAAGGAUCUCUGUGGUUCCUGUGCUGUGGUGAAGAGUGGCUAG